UGAUGUGUAGUUGGAAGUUGAGUCAGUCUCGUCUCACGAUGAGAAGAUAGUGCAGAGUGGAAUGCUGGCUAUUAUGGAACACCUGCUGGAAGGACAGAGUCUGAAUCUCAAGGUUCACCAGAGUGGCUCGGGCUGGUCUCCAGUGUUCGUGGAAGACAACCUGGGGGUGAUGUCAGUGGGUUUCCUACUCAGCAGUCCUGAUGAUGCCGUUAUCUGGAGGGGACCAAAGAAAAAUGGCAUGAUCAAGCAGUUCCUUCGUGACGUGGACUGGGGAGAGGUAGACUACCUUAUCGUGGAUACCCCGCCCGGCACGUCAGACGAACACCUGUCGGCCGUCCAGUACCUGUCGGCGGCACACAUCGAUGGGGCUGUGAUAAUCACCACCCCUCAGGAGGUGUCCCUCCAGGAUGUCCGGAAAGAGAUCAACUUCUGCCACAAGGUGAAGCUGCCCAUCAUCGGAGUGGUAGAGAACAUGAGCGUCUUCAUCUGCCCGAAGUGCAAGAAAGAAACUCAGAUAUUCCCACCAACAACGGGGGGUGCAGAGGUCAUGUGCCAGGAUCUGAAGAUCCCGCUCCUCGGAAAAGUGCCUCUGGAUCCACACAUAGGUAAGAGUUGCGACAAAGGACAGUCUUUUUUGAUGGACGCACCGGAUUCUCCAGCCACUUUUGCCUACAGAAGUAUCAUUCAAAGAAUUCAGGAGUUCUGUGGUCACCAUCCCCCGAAAGAAGAGCACUUCCUCAGUUCCUGAAACACACGAGAGCAUUUGAGACGCAAGCUGCACGUGCAACUCAGCCUGAGCAGCCUGGGGACAGUGUGGGGGUCUUGGGCAGAAAGGGACCAGAUUCUGCUAGGGUGUGAAGUCAUUUUUGCAGAGACACUUUAAUUGUAGUAUUUACACUUUUCGACAUAUAUAAAGGCAUUCUUUACAAACAUGUUGUCUUAAGAAUAAAAAUGUCUCCUCAAACCUC